UCAAUUCUGCAAGUAGUUCUAAUUUAUUAUCACUGUUCUCUUGCUGGUCUAAAACCGAUUUUGACCUAAAGGGACGCUUUUUGGACGCCAUGGACAUUACUUAAUUUCCAGGCAGAAAGAACAGUAAAAAUGCAGGCAGGGCACAGGACAAAGCAUUAGGGACAAAAUGUAUGUGAUAUAGUUUGAUACAUGAAUGUCACUUUUUGUCAUUUUCAAAUUUCCCACUGUUCCGUCCCCGUACGUCCUGACGUUGCAGGGGACGGAGCCCUGAAGACAGAUGCUGGCAUCCGCUGGAGGACAUUACAGGGGACGCUGCAGGGGGGACAU